UCGUUGAUUGUCUUGUGAGAUAUAUUGACAUUGAUAUUGAUACCAUUUAAAUAUUCUAACACAAGUCAGUCAAUAAGAAGCAAUGGCUGAAUUGAUAGCGGUUCCGUUAAAAAAGCCGUCAGAUGUGGACGUGAUUAAGCCACUUACCAAUGUCAUCAAAUCUACUUAUAAUUCAGCAACAAAUCAAAAAGAUUACACUGAAGCAAUCAGUGAAUUCAGCAAAUUAAGAAGUAACGCUCUAUGGCGCGCCUUUGAAAAAUACGAAAGUUCCUUGGAGGUUAUUUACAAUUAUUAUGACCAAUUGUGUGCUCUGGAGGGCAAAAUUCCAGCCCAUGAGUUGCAAAUUCCAUUCAAAUGGAAAGAUGCUUUUGAUAGGACGAUAUUUGGUGGAAAAUUAAGUCUCACCAUCAGCACACUGACAUACGAGAAAUUAUGCGUACUGUUCAACAUCGCAGCUUUGCAGAGCUCGGUUGCUGCUUCGCAGUCACUUGAAAGCGACGAAGGAUUGAAAUUAGCGGCUAAAUUAUUCCAGCAAGCAGCGGGCAUCUUUAAUUAUUUAAAAGGAAAUGUCAUGCUUGCUAUUCAGCAAGAACCAACUCCUGACAUGAGUCCUGACACUUUGGGCGCUCUGUCAGCUUUGAUGAUAGCGGAAGCGCAGGAAAUUUUUGUCCACAAGGCUAUACAUGAUACAAUGAAGGAUGGUGUCAUUGCUAAAUUAGCAUCCCAAGCUGAAGAAUAUUAUGCUGAAGCUUUGAAGUUGUUUCAGAAGGAAAUAUUUCGGUCGUUUUGGGACAAGGAAUGGGUUCCUUUGAUUACAGGUAAACAAUCAGGAUAUCGCGCGAUGGCUGAACUUUAUCAAGCUGGUGUAUGCAGAAGUAAAUCUGCAAUCGGUGAAGAAAUAUGCAGACUUGAAUAUGCAGUUGAUUUAUUUAAAGCAGCUCAACAAAGAUCCAAUAAGCCGGCUUUAUUCCAAGAGUAUGCGAACAAGGCUCAGCGACGCUUGACCGAAGUUAAAAAAGACAAUGAUUUUAUCUACCAUGAGCGUAUUCCGGAUAUCAAGAGUUUGGAACCUAUUGGAAAGGCCAAUGUCGCUAAAUUGCUGACCAUGUCGCAACCUUUGAAUCCAAACUUCAAAGAUUUGUUUGAAGACUUAAUGCCGGUGGCUGUUCAUCAUGCGCUAUCUUCAUACGAGAUCCGAAGAAACGAGUUGGUGAACACAGAGAUCUCAAAACUCCGCGAAAUGACCCAAGUUCUGAAUACCGUGUUGGCUAGUUUGAAUCUACCAGCUGCGAUUGAAGAUACCAGUGGAACCGAAGUGCCUCAGUCUUUGCUAGACAAAGCAUCCUAUGUCAGACAAGCUGGAGGGAUCCAAGCUCUUGAAACUGCGAUGAAUGAACUGCCUGAUUUGCUCCAACGGAAUAGAGAUAUUUUAGACGAAGCUGAGAAAAUGCUCAGAGAAGAACGCGAAUCAGAUGAUCAGCUAAAAGAACAAUUCAAAGAACGCUGGGCGAGAAUACCGAGUGCUAAAUUAACUGAGCAGCUUACGAUGAACGCUCAAAAAUAUCGCACGAUUAUUGAUAACGCUAUUUCUGCUGAUAAAACUGUACGUGAAAAAUUUGAGACACAUCGUGAGGGUAUGGAGACUCUGAGUCUCGACGAGAGUCAGUUGGCGUCUGCAAUUCCAUCUGGUUCAGCAGUUCAAGAGAGCGGAGUAGUAGCACAGCUGAGAAAAUUAAUGGAAGACGUUGAGACAUUGAAGGCAGAGAGGGACGUUAUUGAAAGCGAAUUAAAGGCACCAACUGCAGACAUGAAGUCUACAUUCUUGUCAGCUUUGGCUAAAGACGGAGCCAUCGACGAGCCGAAUUUAUCGGUUGAACACAUCGGGAAAGUUUACGGACCGUUGACUAGCCAAGUUCGUGAUAGUUCAGCUCGUCAGGAAAAAUUAAUCGCCGAAAUUCAGUCUAAUCACGCUGCAUUUACUCGUGAGCAAAGUGGAUCGGGUAGUUCACGUGAAGCAGAACUACGUAAAUUAGCAGCAGCGUAUGACGCAUUUAAAGAGCUCAAAAAUAAUUUACAGGAAGGAGCUAAAUUUUACAAUGACCUUACUCAGCUGCUUGUUGUUUUCCAAAAUAAAAUAUCCGACUUUUGCUUCGCUCGAAAGACCGAGAAAGAAGAAUUAUUGAAGGAUUUAACGACAAAUUUAAGUCACACUGGUCCAGCUGCUACACCUGCAAUUCCUUCUCACCAUGGAGCCGGUUCUGGAACAAGUUCAGCUCCAUCUGACACCGGCUCUGCUCAGUUGCCUUAUCCGACACAAUACCAAGGAGGAAUGCCUAUACCUUAUGGAGCAUCUCCUGCAACGCCUUAUCCUACUUACGUUCCUCCUCCGAUGCCUCAGACAUACAAUCCGUAUGCAACGAUGCCAUACCCUGGACAAGGUGCGUACAAUUAUCCGCAGCAGUUUCCGCCACAACAGCAGCCCAACUACAGCAAUCCUUAUGCAACAUUCCCGCGUUACGGUGCCCCACCACCUGGACAAAAUCCCUGGUAAUUUUCGAGCUAAAUCCUCCCAUUGAAAUUAUUUAAUGAUAAAUAAUAUCAUAUUGCUUAUUUUUAUCGUUAUCGUUAUUAAAUAUAAGGCUUGGCAUGUAUAGAGAUUAAAAUUUAUUGUGCACAAGCUUGAUGAUUAUUUUUCUAACUAAAAAACGCCUGAUAAUUUUUAUGUAUAUUGUAAAGUGAUCAAAUAAUCAUUGUCGAUAUAUUUUAAAUAUUUUUUAAAAAUAAAAUUAAUGUAAUUAUCGUUAUAAAUUAUUAUA